GCGGAGCUGCUGAUUAUGAAAUCAUUUGACAUUUUUCUGUCUUUCUUUUUUUUUUUGUGUGUUCCAGGCCACUCCAGUUACUGCGGAAGUGUUAACGUCAAAGAUUUGGUGACAGGAGACGAACACCUGAAUUUAAAUGGGUCACUCUGUGACGACUGCAAAGGGAGGCGGCACAUGGAGACGCGGGCGGUCUACGCCCAGUCCUCUAGGGCACGCCGCCUGGCGGCGGUGUUUUGGAGCGUCUUUGCUUACGCAGGCUACGGCGUGCUGCAGACGGGGAGGUCGGUGGGUGCGGCAGGCCUCUACGUGAUCCGGAAGCUGCUGUCGGUGCUGUGGUUGGUGCUGAUCUCUCCAGGGAGGGCAGUGGCUGGAGUCUUCUGGUGGCUUGGGACGGGGUGGUACCAGCUGGUCACACUCAUGUCCCUGCUCAACGUCUUCAUCCUGACCAGGUGCCUCCCAAAACUGUUCAGACUCCUGCUGUUCCUGCUGCCGUUCCUGUUGAUUCUGGGGCUGUGGUUCUGGGGCCCGUCCGGCCUGCUCUGCUACCUGCCCGCCGUGAACCUGACGGAGUGGCGCCUGGCACCCCCUUUCACCCUCUCUCUGGCCCCGAGGCCGACCCCCUCCACCCCCCUGGAGCAGCCCGUCCACAGGGCUGAAGAUCAGCCCGCCACCGCCCCUCCCCCUUCGGUCCCGCAGGCGUCGGGUGCGGUGUUCUCCCUGGACCUGGAGCGGCUGUCUCGGCUGGAGGAGCGGCUGGCGGAGCUGUGGGAGGGGGUGCAGAGGGGAGGCCGGCUGCAGGAGCAGCAGCACGGGGAGGUGCUGGGGCUGUACGCCUCCCUGCGGGAGCAGCUGGACAGACGGACGGACAGAGACGGCCUGGGGCUGUGGGUCUCCGGCCUGCUGGAGCAGAGGCUGACCCUGCUGAGGAGCGAGCUGCAGCAGGACACUGCGCAGACGGAGAGGACCCAGGACGAGCUCCGGAUGCAGCAGCAGGGGUACGCUGCCCGCCUGUCUGAGCUGGAGGCCAUGCUGCUGGUCCUGGCAGCCAAAACCGAGGAGGUGCAGCAGAAGCAGGAGACGCCCCCGCCAGCUCCUGUCAGCGUGGGCGUGGACAGAGAAUCCCAUGAUGCCUUGCUGUUAGAGGUGCAGAGGCUGGAGGCGGAGCUGGGCCGCAUCAGGCAGGACUUGCAGGGGGUGAUGGGAUGCCGGGGGAAGUGCGAGCAGCUUGACGGUCUUCAGGACACGGUGUCUGCGCAGGUGUCUGCGCAGGUGAGGCGGGAGCUGCGGGCGCUGUUCUACGGGGCCGAGGAGGGGGAGCUGCCCGAGCCGCUGCUGCAGUGGCUGUCCGCGCGCUUCGUACGCGACUCCGACCUGCAGGCCAGCCUGGUCUCCAUGGAGACCAGCAUCCUGAGGAACGUCAGCCUGCAGCUGGAGCAGAGCAAGCAGGCGCCCUGCGCAGAGACCGUCACCGCCGCCGUGGAGCACGCCGCACUGGAUGCUGGGAUGUCUGAAGAGCAGGUGCAGCUGAUUGUGCAGAACGCGCUGAGGCUGUACUCCCAGGACCGCACCGGCCAGGUGGACUACGCCCUGGAGUCCGGAGGCGGCAGCAUCCUGAGCACACGCUGCUCGGAGACGUACGAAACCAAGACUGCGCUCAUGAGCCUCUUCGGGGUCCCCCUCUGGUACUUCUCCCAGUCCCCCCGCGUCGUCAUCCAGCCGGACAUGUACCCCGGAAACUGCUGGGCCUUCAAGGGCUCCCAGGGCUACCUGGUGAUCAGGCUGUCGAUGAGCGUGGUCCCCACAGCCUUCUGUCUGGAACACAUCUCCAAGGCCCUGUCCCCCACCGGCAACAUCAGCAGCGCCCCCCGGCACUUCACCGUCUACGGUCUGGAUGAUGAGUACCAGGAGGAGGGCAAGCUGCUGGGGCAGUACACCUACCGGGAGGACGGAGAGUCGCUGCAGACCUUCCCCGUCAUGGAGGAGAAUGACCGGGCGUACCAGAUCAUCGAGGUGCGGGUGCUGUCCAACUGGGGCCACCCAGAGUACACCUGCCUGUACCGCUUCCGUGUGCAUGGAGAGAGGAAGAGUAAGUGAGGAGGAGGAGGAGGAAGAGUGGAGAGGUCUCACCUGCCCUUGUAUAGAGAGACCCCCCCCCCUAAAAACCCCCAAACCCCAUUUGUAUAUAAUGUCGGACUGUCUGAGGACUGCAAAUUUUGAACAUUUUUAACGGGAUGGGGCGAGAGGGGGGGUGUUGGACAGAACGUGCCCAGCGGAAGAAGCUACUUUAAAAAAAAAAAAAAAAAAACAAACGGAGACUGAAAGGUGUAAGGAGACUGGAAGGGAACGUUGCAGAUCGCUGAACAGGACGUCCACUGGAGACAGCCCCUCUGUCCCACUUCACAUCUCAACAUUGCACUGAUCCACCACCCCCCCACACCUUCCCUAUCCUGGGCAGACCCCGGGCCAGGCCACCCGGAGAAGCCCCCCCCCCCCGCCCCACCCAGAAUGUCCUGCACUGCCACCUGUGUCCUUACCUUGAGAUGGAGGACUCUUCUGUUCUUUCUUUCGGUUCACUUCUCUCUUCCUUCUCAUUUUUCUUCUUUUUUGAUUUUGUUUGGUUUUCUUUUAACGUCACUCACAAUUUAAAUUUGACAUCGAGAGCUCUUUCUCAAACGGAUAUUCCCUGUAAACUGUGGAGCCCCCUUCCCUCACCCCUCUUUCCACCCCUACGGGCUCCUUCUUGAGUUGCAGGUUGGAUGUUGGAGGGGACGUAGAACGUAGAAGCACGCUCAAAUCAGGCCACCAGUUGGAGGUUCGAAAGGACGGGGAGUCAUACUCAAGUCAGGCCGUAAGGUGUGGGGGUAUGAGGGAACGUAGAAGUAUGUCUUAGUCUGGCCACAGGGUGGAGGUUUGAAAGGAUGGAGAAGCAUGCCUAAGUGUGGCUGCAGGGUGGAGGUUUGAAAGGAUGGAGAAGCAUGCCUAAGUGUGGCUGCAGGGUGGAGGUUUGAAAGGAUGGAGAAGCAUGCCUAAGUGUGGCUGCAGGGUGGAGGUUUGAAAGGAUGGAGAAGCAUGCCUCGGUGUGGCUGCAGCUCAGCACACUGGUUCAGGUUGUGCGGUGCAGCCUCAUGACAUGCAGAAUGUCUGCAGGCAUAAAGAUAGCCAGAAUCACUGCCUCCCUUUACACUUUACCAUAGAGGGUCAUGUCAGAGUGCUCUCUCUCUCUGUCUCUCUCUUUCCCCCUCUCUCUUUCUAUCUCACAGUCUCCUCUCUUGCUCUAUCUCUCUGACUCUCUUUCUCCCCUGUCUCUCUCUCCCCCUAUCUGUCUCUCUCUCUCCCCAUUUUUCCAUCUGCCUCUCAUUCUCUGUCUCGCUUUGUCUUGCUCUCCCCCUCUCUGUCUCUCUCUCCCCCCCCCCCCCUUUUCUAUCUCACAGCCUCCCCCUGUCUCUACCCCUCCAUAUCGGCAGUCCUUGAAUGUGUACAGGAUGUGGACAGCAACACAAAGCUCUUUUCUUU